UAGCCAACAUGGCGGCCUCAUCAGCAGUACCGCUGCUGUUUUGUUUAGCAUCAUUUACAUUGCGAAUCACCUCCUCCAGACUUCAGUCCGAGCCUUGUUAUAAACCCGUGCGAGACGACAGGCCGGACUUUGUCAGGACACAGGCCCGGCCGCAUGAGUAUGUGAAGGUGUCGGACCUCCCUCUGUCGUGGGACUGGAGGAACAUCGAGGGGAAGAAUUAUGUGAGCGUCACAAGGAACCAACACAUCCCCCAGUACUGUGGUUCCUGCUGGGCCAUGGGAGCCACCAGCGCCUUGGCUGACCGUAUCAACAUCAAACAUGGAGGAGCGUGGCCGUCGGCCUACCUGUCUGUGCAGAACGUGAUAGACUGCGGGAGGGCGGGCUCUUGUUAUGGAGGAGAUCACCUGAGAGUGUACGCCUACGCCCAUGAGAGAGGCAUCCCUGAUGAAACCUGCAACAACUACCAAGCCAAAAACCAAAAGUGUGAGCUGUUUAACCAGUGUGGCACCUGCUCUUUCUUUGAAUCGUGCGCUGUGGUGAAAAACUACACCGUGUGGAAAGUGGGAGACUAUGGAGAAGUUUCUGGAAGAGACAAGAUGAAAGCUGAAAUUUACACCAACGGUCCCAUCAGUUGUGCCCUGAUGGCCACCAGCGGCCUGGAAGAAUACUCUGGAGGGAUUUUCUCAGAGUUUCACCCCCUCUCUUUACCGAAUCACAUCGUGUCUGUGGCCGGCUGGGGACUGGCAGAGGACGGGACCGAGUACUGGAUCGUCAGGAACUCCUGGGGAGAGUUUUGGGGAGAACGUGGAUGGGCGAGAAUAGUCACCAGCGCUUAUAAAGGAGGAAAAGGCAACUGGUUCAACCUGGGUAUUGAGAAAAACUGUGCAUAUGGAGACCCCAUUGUCACAUAGACACCUAAAUAAACUCAUAGACUCUAGUUUUGUCAUCUUGGGCUUAUUGAAAUAACAGUAGAUGAUUUGGUUAAUGUGGGAAAUUAAAGGAAUAGGUCAAGUUUUUAGGAAAAACUUCUUUAUGAGAGUUAAACCAAAGUGUAGAAACAGUUUGGCUCACAACUGCCCAUAAAACCACAAAAUGCUGCUUUUACACUUUGGUUUUUGUACAGAUUACAAAACAGAGACGGUACGUUAAUUAGCAAGCUUUAGAUGUGGAUUUAGAUGUUUUCUUUUUCUGCCUUCAGACAGAUCCAGGCUAGCAGUUUCCCCUUGUUUCCAGUAUUUGUGCUAAGCUAAGCUAAUCACUUCCUAGCUCGAGCUUCAUACUUAAAGCACAGACAUGAGAGAUUUGUCAAGCUUCUCAUCUAACAGGAAGGUGAAUAAGCUUGUUUCACUUCAGAAAAUGUUGAGCUAUUCCUUCAGGUUAAAGGAGGAAAGAUUAGCUUGUUUUGAUGUGUUAAACCUCGAAUUAAGGCUUUGGUUUUCUUAAUAUGUUGAAACACAUGAAAAGCCUUUAUUAUAGAUUUAAAAGUUUUGUUACACUAAGUAAAUCUAAUUUUAGGGCUCCCCACAUGACUUUUCCAGGCUUGACCACAUUCAGACGCUCAAUUUAAAUAAAUAUUCAAACAGACUCUCUACAUGAUUUGCUCCAAAAUGCAGCCUAAACAGAUGACCUGCUCCUGAAGUCAAUUUUAAGCUUGUAUUAACUCAUUCUCAGCAAAAAAAAAAAAAACCCAGAAAAACACAGUCUGCAAAAACUGCAGGUUCUUCACUUCGGAUCCAUUAUCACACAUUUCUGGAGAAACUAUUCCUUUGAACGAAAGACGGGCUGAGUCACUCACAUUUAAAUUCACCUGUGGUGGAACAGCGUUGGCAUGUCUGAGGAAAAGGGGAGCUUACAGUUGCAUUAUUUUCCCCCGACUCACAGAAUAACAUCUGCACAAAUGGCUUCUAACGAGCGUCUAGAGGCCGACCAGUCAGACUAAUUUAACAUGAAUCAAAUCGGGUUUGACUCAGUAUGAUGGAGGACCAGCUCAUACCGUCAGCAGCUCCUUUUAACACGAGCAGGAUGCUUUUUUUCCCUAAUAUGUAAAUGUGAGUCACAUGGAAAUUGGCCUUUGUCGCCUUCAUUUGUUAGGUUAAUGACAGCGUGAAUCAGUGUCUUCUGCAGAUUUGAGGAAAAUAGGGCCAUUAAAGACACUGAGAUCACAUCCUCAGUAUUUUUUUCUGUGAUUUUGGAGGGUUUUUUUUUUAGCAACUUCCGACAGUUUAGAUUUAAAAAAUAGUAACUGGUUGUUUUACGGGCAGAUUGUAGUAAUUUGAGACUCAGUAUAUAUAACUUCAACAACUUCUAGCCAAAAAAAAUUAAAUAAUAAUAAAUGAUUAAACCUUUUAUUCCACUAUCAGAAUUUUACUCUCAGCAGUGUGAGGAAGGUUUUAAAACUCAGUUGUAAAAUUUUUGAUUUUCAGGUUGGGGAAAUAAAAGUUGUAGGUCUAAAGAGUAAUACCUGCGAUAACAGGAGCAGUUAAAGGGGCAGUCCACUGAUUUUACACACGAAGUUCAGUAUUACUCAGCCUAUGAAAACAGCUGUAUAUCACCUGUAACUCUGGA